UCUCUCUCUCUCUUUCUCUCUUUCUCUUUCUGUCUCUCUCGUGUUUAUCCGUCUCUCUCAGGGGGUAAUGGGGCCACAUAAUUUAGGCCACAAAUUAAUCGUUAGAGGGAGUCACCGAUGAUCAUCGGUGUCUGCUCCACCGCCUUCUUAGCAUUCUGAAUCGAUUUCCGUAGAUACUAUUGAAUUUGCUUGAAGUGUACUGAAAAACAUAGCUCAUCAUACCUGCUGCAUCUUGCACUCAGCAGGUGAGUUUGUCAAUUUAAUACUAUCAGCUAGUAUUUUAUCAAAUGGCUUCAGUUGGUGUAGCACCUGCUUCUGGAUUAAGGGAGUCAAGCAGCCAUUCUGUGGGAGUUGAUAGGCUGCCCGAGGAGAUGACUGAAAUGAAAAUCCGGGAUGACAAGGAAAUGGAAACAGCAGUUGUUGAUGGUAAUGGCACUGAGACAGGGCACAUAAUAGUGACAACUAUUGGUGGUCGAAAUGGCCAGCGUAAGCAGACCAUUAGUUACAUGGCUGAACGUGUUGUCGGGCAUGGAUCGUUCGGAGUAGUAUUUCAGGCGAAAUGCUUAGAGUCAGGUGAAACAGUUGCCAUAAAGAAGGUUCUUCAGGACAAGAGAUACAAGAACCGAGAGUUACAAACCAUGCGUCUUCUUGACCACCCAAAUGUUGUGUCCUUAAAGCACUGCUUCUUCUCUACAACUGAAAAAGAUGAGCUAUAUCUUAAUCUGGUACUUGAGUAUGUCCCUGAAACUGUCAAUCGUGUUAUCAAACACUAUAAUAAGUUGAACCAGAGGAUGCCACUCAUAUAUGUGAAGCUUUAUUCUUACCAGAUUUUCAGAGCAUUGUCUUAUAUCCAUCGGGGUAUUGGAGUGUGUCACAGGGACAUCAAGCCUCAAAAUGUACUGGUGAAUCCACAUACGCACCAGCUCAAGUUAUGUGAUUUCGGAAGUGCCAAAGUUUUGGUCAAAGGAGAGCCCAAUAUUUCUUAUAUCUGCUCUAGGUUUUAUAGAGCACCAGAGCUUAUUUUUGGAGCUACAGAAUAUACUACAGCUAUAGACAUUUGGUCCGCUGGUUGUGUGCUUGCUGAGUUACUUCUUGGACAGCCCUUGUUUCCUGGUGAGAGUGGAGUAGACCAGCUUGUUGAGAUCAUCAAGGUUUUGGGUACUCCAACCAGGGAGGAAAUUAAAUGCAUGAAUCCUAAUUACACAGAGUUCAAAUUCCCUCAAAUUAAAGCUCAUCCAUGGCAUAAGAUAUUCCAAAAACGUAUGCCUCCAGAAGCUGUUGAUCUUGUUUCAAGAUUGCUACAGUACUCUCCUAAUUUACGUUGUACAGCUUUGGACGCCCUGACCCACCCCUUUUUCGAUGAGCUACGUGAUCCCAACACCCGCCUUCCAAAUGGACGAUUCCUUCCUCCGUUGUUCAAUUUUAAGCCUCACGAGCUCAAGGGUGUGCCAGUAGAGAGCCUGGUUAAGUUGAUUCCCGAGCAUGCUCGGAAGCAGUGUCCCUUCCUCGGUUUAUGAUCUUACCAUGUACAAUAUGAUCCAUCUAGCAUUCCAUAUGUAUAGUAUGUUUCUCCUCCUCGUGCCCGUCUCUUUUGGACAUCUGAUGUUGCUUUCCAUUAGUAUCAUAUUGUCAUGGAUAUAUUGUAGCAUUACGUGGAUAAGGAUGUUUGUUUUAUCUAAAUGAAUGUGGAUCCUCGAGUGAGCUUCAUUCUUUCUUA